AUGGUGCAUUACCAGGGUAUUGAGGCUAACCCCUCGAAGAUAAAAGCCAUUCUCGAGAUGCCUUCUCCUCGUAGUAUCAAGGAGGUGCAGAGACUAACCGGGAGGAUAGCGGCAUUAGGAAGGUUCUUGGCAACAUCUGCGGAGAGGCAAUUGCCAUUUUUUAAGGCCUUGACUCGGGUCCAGAAUUUUGCAUGGAUAGAGGAGUGCCAGGAGGCGUUUGAGCAGCUGAAACAGUGUCUAGUCUCCCCCCCAGUCCUAGCUAAGCCACAGCCAGGAAAGUCACUAUACAUUUAUCUGGCUGCCUCGGAUGAGGCCGUCAGUUCGGUUUUGGUUAGGGAGGAGGACCAAGUUCAAAAGCCAGUCUACUAUGUGAGCAAGAGAUUAGCUGGAGCCGAGAUUCGUUACACUCCAACAGAAAAGUUGGCCUAUGCCCUAGUCAUCUCUGCUCUAAAGUUGAGGCCCUACUUCGAGGCACACCAUGUUAUCGUCCUGUCAAGUCAGCCAUUAAGGCAUGUGUUGGGAAAGCCGGACUUGUCAGGGAGGAUGCUCAAGUGGGCGGUGGAGCUGAGUGCCUUCGACAUCAACUAUCGACCUCGGCCGGCCAUCAAGGCACAGGCUCUUGCUGACUUUAUUGUGGAGGGCACCCUACCAGUAGAAGCGGACGAAGGGGUUUCCCAGACUUGGACUCUCUCUGUGGAUGGCAGCUCCAGCAUCGGAGGUAGUGGUGCUAGAUUAUUGCUCCAGGGCCCCGAUGGCCAGGCUUGGCCAUAUGCCCUCCACUUCGAGUUCAAUGCCUCUAACAAUGAGGCUGAGUACGAGGCGCUCAUUGCCGGGCUCAGACUAGCAGAACAGAUGGGAGUCAGGGAUUUGGAGGUAUAUUCUGACUUGAACUUGAUUGUGCAACAAGUCACAUGGGAGUUUGAGUCCCGAGAGGAUGCCAUGGCUCAAUACUUGGCAAUAGCCAAGGAUCUUAUGGCACGGUUUCAAGCAGUGAAAAUCAAUCAUGUCCCACGUGCGCAGAAUGCAGUGGCGGAUGCUCUCUCGAGGAUAGCUGCUUCUUCCUUCCCUAGGAAUUCUCGAGCUGUCUACAUGGAGUCGUUGCCUCAGAAGAGCAUAGAGACUGAAGCAAAGCAGCUUUGCGUAGAUGGGGUAGGAAAUUGGAUGGAUCCAAUUAUAGCACAUCUAACCAAUGGAUGGCUACCAGAGGAGGAACAAGAGAGUCGAAAACUCAAGCGUCAAGCUGCCAAGUUUCUUCUGAUCAGAUCAGACCUUUACAAGAAAUCCUUCACUCAGCCGCUGCUGAAAUGCGUUGGGCUCGUCGAGGCCGACUACAUCUUAAGGGAAAUCCACCAGGGGAUUUGCGGCAGUCACAUCGGAGCUCGGUCUCUUUCCUAG